UGAUAACCGGCUAUUUAUCGGCCAGGUGAUUUUACUAGUAGAAAAGUACAAAAAUGAUUACACACUUACAUUGAGGUUCACCAAAACUAGCCCAGAUGGCGAUUAUGAGCGGAGGGCAUUCAGAAAAGAGGUAGAGAAUCCAACAAAUGAUUUCGUAAAAUCUGUUGCAAAGAUUUUGAAGAAGGAGGCAAUAUUCUAUUCUAUUGAAUUAGAACUUCAUUGAAAAUAAAACAAAAAUGGAAAAGAUUCAGCCUCAAUCUUCGUUGGAUUCUGGCCUGCCGGAAAUCGAGCCACCAGUAGUCUUACCUUGCGUUUUAGAGAUCGUCCAAAAAAUUGAAAAUUACUCCGAGACGUCCAAUUUAGGCAAUCGCGUCAACUCGGUGAAAGAUUCGAUGAAAGACAUCAGUUCUGCAGGUUUGACGAAGGAGAAGAAAUUUCCGAGGAUCGCCCGACCUGCCGAGCAAGAAUCGUCAGGGGACAAAGGUGAACAAGAGACAAAGGGAGGAGGAAAAAUAGAGCCUAAAAGGAACAAUAACGGAGACAAUUUAUCAAAACUACCUUCUAAGGCGAUCGAUUCUGCUUCAGUGAAGAUAAAUAAUGCAACUUUGUCGAAAAACCAAGCAGAAGGAAGAGAAAGCAAUGACGAUGUUUUUCAUCCAGUAGCAGACAAGUAUGGCAGAGGAAAUAUGACUCCGACUUGUCGAUCGAAAUCCCAACUGUCUAAAGGUCGAGAAUUUAAAAACAGUAAAGAAAUGAUCUAUAGCAGUUCAUCCACAAAAAGAAAAUACAGGAGCAGAAAUCAUUUACUGCGCGAAAAAAGAAACUUGAUGUACAAGUCAAUUUUAAGAAAGUAUUAUUCUUCUCUCAAAAAGUACGUCAAGAAAUUCAUCGACAAGACGAGAGUGAGUACUAUUCAUCGAAGUCAUCAGGUCGCUAUGUUGAUAAGGAAGGAUCCACAAAAUAAAAUAAUUCCGCCGUUAAAGGAGGGGGAACUUAUCAUGCGGAAUGUGGAAACUCGGUCGGCGUCCCGCAGGAUGAGAAGGAAACGUAACUUGCAAGUGGACGACGAUGUUUUCUCCGAUGAAAGUUCCGGCCUGGACAAAACGACGUGGAGAAGCUACAGAACUCCGAAACGGCGGAACCAUUUUACGAAUUGCGGGAAAAGGCGAAGACAAAGGAUGAAGAGGCACAUCCGACCCGUCAGGAUCGACGCUUCUUCCUCCGACGAGACCCCCGUCGCGAAGACGUCUUCCGAAGAAGCUUCGGUCCACGCUCAAGCACCGGCCAUUGUCGAAUCGGUCAACGACAUCGGUUACAUCCGUGAGCAUCGUUCUGGAGCCGAGGUGCUCCCUGCUCCUGAAACAAUAAUAAAAAACCUUGAAGAAUUCGUCCACGGAAAGAAAAGAAAGAAAAUAUCCGCUCCCCGGGUAUAUUUGUUCGGCGUGCCGAAGAAACACCGGAAGGUCAGGAAUAUCGAAUAUUAUAGCGACGCCGACAGCCUUUUAUCCCUUUCGGACGAAGAUAUCUUCUCGAAAGAGGUCAAAGGAAGGAAAAAAUAUUAUAUGAAGCAUGUCAAAUCACAUUCGAGGUCCGUUUUCAAAAUGCCGGGAACCUUGAUCAGGAAAAUUAAAAAGAUGUGGAAAUUGGAGCAGAACCAACAUCUCUACUGCGAAGACGAACAAGAGUGUGAAACGUCGGACGUCAUUAUAAUAAGACAGCCGAAAUAUAAAAUUCGUGACAUUCCUCGACACUUCGUGUGCAAAGAUUGCGAGAUGAGAAGCAGAGGAGCCCUACUGAAAGACCCGUUCGUCUACAACGUCACGAACACCGCUGGGGUGUUUUCCGAAGAGAAAAUCGAAAACAAAAGAAAUGAAGUUGACGACAAAGAAGCUUCGGGCACAUCUGUGAUCGGCACGUCGUGUACAAACAACCGCCAAUCGACAUUGGACGAAAACAUUUUGCACAAGCUUAUAGGAUAUAACGGUUUUGAAUAUCAUUGCUUGAGCUGCAAAUGCGACGAUUGCAAAGUUAGCAAGAUUCCGGCUAAUUUUAGUAGUAGCCGCAGCAAAACCGGCAAAGACGUUAUCCAACCGAGAAACCAUUGGAAGAGCCAGGCCGACCUCGAGAAUCAAACCAGCCGCCAAUGCUGUAGGUGUGCAGGGCGGGAUCUGGGUGAAGGUAGAGUCGGGAGAAAAUUUAUCUUUUACGAGAAGGAUUUUUCGCAAGUGCCACCCUCAAAAGAAAAGUCGCCCCUUGCGGCAGCAAACCGUGUCGAUAAUUGUCCCAGCUCUUCAACACCGGUAGAAACCAGAGAUGGCAGUUGUCCCAUUAAAGGAGGGACGGACGAUGUGUUCUUUUGUGAAGAAAGGAAAAUCAGCAAUGGAUGCAUCGCACGAGAGAAGGGUCCGAAGAACUCCGAAAAAGUAAACAGGGGUUUUCGAGCGGGGAUCAAAAGAAAUAAUCGUGUGAAUAGCAGGAAGAAAGGUAGAUAAAUAUGCAGAAAUAAAUGACAAAAAAUUAAACGGACAAUA